AGACAUGCUUCGACUUUCUGAGCCAUUAGUCGGCAAUUGGAAACUGUAGUCUUUGUAUCAUCAGGAAAAUCGUGAUUCAAAUGGAACGCUUUAGCGUCAUCUGCUUCAGCCUCUGCUCUUGCGCGAUCCUGGCAGGAUCGAUGUCCGUAGAGUCAUCAACGACAAAAGAAACUUUGUGGGGUGAUGCGCAUGACGUACGAAAUGUCGAGAAUCAUCGCGCGGAUCUGCUGAAACAACAGGAUGCACAGAACAAUACUAAGAAUCAUUCGUUCGAUGAUAAUCUCGUGAAGAACGCUACCCAAAUUGGAGAACACGCGAAAAAUCCAUUAUCCUUGAAUAAGACAUCAGACGCAUCCGCAACUUCAACCGAGGAACCAUCUGUAGGUUUGUCAUCGCACGAUAUCCUUCUGGAUCCUGUCUUAAUACCGGCUCGUCUAAGUCGCCAAGCUGAAAAAGGCGAUUACUUGAAUCUCGCCUCGAUUGAGAACGUUUCCAACGAUGUUGAAUCUACCAACGACGAGAAUAGGAGUGUCGUUCCAUCAAAACAGAAUCUGAACCUUGAGGGCGAUCUCGGUGUAGCCGAGGAUAGAUAUCAAUCUCCAUAUCCGUAUUGGAAUUCGUAUUAUAGAGGACAGUUUCCUAAUCAAAGGUAUCAAACAAACGACUGGAGGCAGCCUUAUCGUAGCUACUGGAGAUAUCCUGUAUUUUCGGGAAAGUAAAUCUGGAAGUUUCUGAAUUUUAUACCUUUUCUUCUCUUUAAGGGAAAAUUAGAUUUGCAUAGCCAGAUUUAUGUAAGUAGAUCUUAGAAAAUAGCGAUGACAAAUUAUUCCUGGUAGGAGAAACAGAGAAAUGUACGUCGUUGUUUUAAAUAUAAAUAAAUAAUUUCGAAUUUGUGAUUAACAUCUAGAUUGUAAUGUUUCUUGACAAGACUGCUCCUGAAAUGAUUUUAACAAUGUUUCAUAAUUUAAAAUAUUUCUUCGCCAAAGUGGUUGCUUGAAAUUAAAUCAGUUGACGUUGAAUUUCUUUAAAAGUCUUGUGUUAAAAUAAAAUUCGCAUUUUUUAAAAUUAAUACUAAAUUAUAUUAUUUUAUCAAUUUCUGUGUUCUUGAUUCGAUAUUUUAAUAAACGUUUUCUUCUAUUGUAUCAAUAACAGUUUUCUACUAUACGUCCAGAAACAAGUUAUUGUGUUAAAAGAUAAAAAAUGUGUCCAUUAUACAUAAUUAUAUUAAUACAUUAUUAUUAAUCUUUCUAUUAAGCAUAUUUACGCUUAAUCAUUAUUUGUAAAUUAUGACAGGAACAAGAAGUAAACGUAUAAUAUAAUCAA